AUGGAGAGCAAGGGUGCGGUCUCGGAGCGCACGCCCCUCCUGGGGGGAGCAAGCAUCGUCUCCGUCACUGCUCCUGACAUCAUCAACCGAGCUGCCGAGUCGCCUGCUCCGGGGAUCAGCCUCCGCGAGUCUGUGGAGCGAGGCAAAGCGUCGGGGCUGGUCAACGACGGGUACAGGGAGGAGGAGGAGCCCGUGUGCUGCGGGCAGGAGCAGCUCGCGUACUCGAUCCUGGCGAGGCUGCCGGCGAUCCACACGUACGCGUUCCUGGCCUUCUUCCUCUACUUCGGGCACACGUGGCUGCUCAUCCAGCGCCCCGACAUAGCUGUAGCGAUCAUUGGUAUCUUCCUUGUCUACGCCAUGACGCGGUUCUGGAUCAUGUGGUUCUCGGCGUUCUACGGGCUGUCGCUGCUGCGGAAGCAUGACAACAGGGAACCCAACUACUGGCAGAGCCAGACGAGGCCCGUGGGAGCUCCGGACUCCUACUCGACGAUCGACACCAUCGCCGAGCAGUCGAUCGCCAAGCAGAUCGUGCUGUGCAUGGCGAUGGAGGAGCGAGACCCCAACGCGGCGGUGACCAACUGGAUGCCCAACGUGCUUCAAGUCCCGGCCAUCUGCGGCACCCGAUACACUGCAUUGAGCAUUGCAAGGAUGGCUGAGAUGGCGAGCCCUGUGACGAAUCCGUUCCCCAUCGCCAUCUACUCGCUGUCGCUGCCGCUGGCGAAGCAGGCGAAGUUCUGGGACCCGACGGUGAUACCAGAGGACUGGCACAUGUACUUCCGCUGCUCGAUGGCGGACCAGGGGAAGGUGGAAGUGACUCGGCUGAUGAUCCUGGUGGGGACUGAGGCGGUAGAAGGAAAGAACUACGUGGACACGGUGAAGGAGUGCUACGACCAGUCCGUGCGGUGGCAGUGGGGAGCAACGGACGUCGGCUAUCUCAUGGUCCAGUCGUCCAGCCGCUGGGAUGUUCCCCUGCACAAGAGACUGAGCCUGCUGCUGUGCGCAUACGACCAUCACCUCCUCACCGUUGCACUCGUGAUCAGCAUCAUGGCCUCUCCAUUCCUGUACGGGAAGAUCCCGGUCAUGCUGGACCUCGACAUGUGGACAGGAGCUGAGAUGAUCGUCGCGCUCCAGGUCAUCCUGUCCUGGCUCUGGCUCUUCCACGUCAGUCUUCAUUUCAUGUUCCUCUGCUACAUGGACCAUCGACUGCGCAACGAGAUCCUCAAGAACAGGAGCCACUACAACGUGACCGAGGGCUUCUGGGCGAACGGCCCUCCCCGCUGGGCGUCUUUGAUCAUGUUCCCCUUCGCCGACAUCUUUCUGUUCAUCGUGCCGACGGUACACGCGCACACGAAGAUGUUUAUCUCGUCCAACUUCAACUACGUGCCGAGCGCGAAGCAGGGCGAUCGUCUUCCUGGUGAGGUGCAGGAGAAGGACCGUCAAGUUUAG